GAUAUGAUAGUACAAGGUAUGUUGUUAUCGGUAAAACAGAAUUUGUUUACAUCUUAGCAAGGAAGGUCGGCAUUUUACUGGCAAUCUUCUGCUUAUCGUUGUACUACUUUACAUUACGAUCGUACCAGCUGAGUUGAAAACAGGUCAUCUUACCAUAACCAAACAAGUUUGCUGAAUUAAAUACUUUGAACUAAACUUAAAAAUUAUUCAUGGAGGAAUGAAGUCCCUAUAGAAAGAGUGGUUCCUAUAACGUAUUUAGGCCUAAGUAUUAGUUCCUACCAGCACAGGUCUAUUAGUAUUUGGCUCUUCCUCUUGUUGUAAUUGGACUAGAUAAAAUCUAAUCAUGAAGCCAGCAGAAACUUGCCGAAUCUUCAUCGUAUUCAGCAUGUUGUCAGUUUCUUCUCCAGCUAUCUUUCAACCUCCUGAGCCUGAGGACCCGGCAAAAGAUGAUUCAGGGAAUCCCGAUGCACCUUGGCAUUCUGACUGGGCUGAAGUUGUUGGGUGCAAGAAAGGGGAGACGCAAUCUCGUUUUCCCGACUGUUGGUGCGGUCAGUAUGCCAAAAUUGUGCGAGAAGACGAGGUGUCUUUGGAAGAAUUGGAAGGUGAAUCAGAAUGGUAUUAUUCAAAGUUUCGCAAGAAUAAAAAGAUCUACUACAUCUGUCUACCAUGUUCGUCAUGUCCGGAUGGUGUACUAAUGACGGGAAAAUGCAGACAGGAUAAGGACACAGCAUGCAAUCUAGACCGAUGUGUUAAUCCCAAUCAUUUCUUUGAUCAUGGUAAAAAGGCAUGUGUUCCAAACCCCACUGAACCACCCGAUAUCUUGGAACAAACUAAAGAUUCUUCGAGUGACAUUUUGAAGAAAUCCACUAACAGAUUAGAUGAAGACAAUUAUUUCACCAGCCAUCAUACAGUGACAGAUGAACCGAGGAGGGAUGAGCUUCUCCAAGAAAGACUUUGGUAUCAGCACCCCGUCGUCAUCAUCCUUGUCGCUUUUCUUGUCGCUUUUGUAGUAAUUAAUAUCCUUUUUGUCACCUUUCAUCGCAAACGAAUAAGGUAUCGAACCAUGAGCCGUGUUCCAAGUAACUUAUCCACAUCCACGCAGACAGGUUGUACGUGUAUGCACGAGACGUUUGUUUGAUCAUCAUGGAGAAAGCCACCAUACUCCGUGGAUUCAAUACAAUUUCUAGGACAAUGAAUUUCAUAAUAAUGCUGCCAUCUCGAAAUUUUUGGUAUGAUACUUUACAUCAUUGUGAAAAUGGAAUAUAUCAUGAUUAUAGCACUUUAAAAAUCUUGAUUGUUUCUGUUUGUGGUAACUCCCGUAGGAACUCGGCAGGACAGCAUUUUGCUGGUAAACGCCAAGCUGGUAUAUAACCAAUUACCUAUGAAACAUUUCUACUUAUCGAUACUUCAGCUUUGAAUGUUGGCUAUGAAAUAAGCAUCAAAACUUCG